AUGCCUGACAUCACAACACUACCAAGUUAUCCACCGGCCCAAGAGGAUCACGAUGAUCACAAAGAAGCUAUCCCAUCUCAUCCAUUGGGUGUUAAACCUAGUGGAAAUGCAUUACUAGCUACAUGGAGUUUGCGCGACACUAUCGGAUCAUUCAAACUACUUCCGGAUGAAUUAAUCUUGAUACUAUUGGAAGGUCUGGAUGGCCACAGUUUACUACGUCUUGGCCGCACAUGCAAGGCCUUUUAUGCAUUCACCCGGGCUGAAGAAAUCUGGAAAGCGCUUUUCGUUGAGUCACAUCCAGAAAACUUUACAUGGAGGGGUACCUGGAGAUCUACUUAUCUCAAUUUACCCGCAACAAAGGUGCCCACCGUUGAUUGCUCCCAUCUUUAUUCUGAUGCACUCUACCAGCCUUUCAGCUGCGCACACAUCAAUCUGGAUCCCUAUGUGACCAAGAUCCCUCUGCGCAACCAAAUUCCCCGUUUCGCCGACCUCUCCCCGGAAGAAUUCCAUGAGAAAUGGGCCGACACUCCCUUCGUCUUGACCGAACCCGUCAAGUCUUGGCCCGUCUACAAGGACUGGACGGUCGGCACCUUGUUGGGCCGAUAUGGCCAGGGCACAUUCCGCGCUGAGGCUGUCGAUUGGCCCUUACGAACGUACGGCGAUUACAUGGCCGAUAACUCGGACGAGAGCCCUCUGUACCUGUUUGAUCGUGGCUUCGUUUCCAAAAUGGGGUUGGCAGUCGGUGCUCCCGAGACAACUCCCAACGCCUCCUACUGGCCACCAGCCUGCUUCGCCGAGGAUCUUUUCUCGGUGGUAGGCAGCGACCGGCCCGAUCACCAGUGGCUGAUUGUCGGACCCGAGCGAUCGGGUAGUAAAUUCCACAAGGAUCCCAACGCCACAAGCGCCUGGAAUGCCGUCCUCCGCGGACCAAAAUAUUGGAUCAUGUUCCCGUCUGGCGACAAGCGACCCCCGCCUCCUGGUGUAUACGUAUCGGAUGACAUGAGCGAGGUCACUUCGCCACUCAGCAUCGCCGAGUGGCUGUUGAACUUCCACGCCGAGGCCCGACGAACUGCGGGCUGUAUGGAAGGUAUCUGUGGCGAGGGUGAGAUUUUACACGUUCCAUCGGGCUGGUGGCAUCUGGUGGUGAAUCUGGAACCAUCAAUCGCCAUCACGCAGAACUUCAUCCCCCGGGCGCAUCUCGGAGCAGCAUUGGAUUUCAUGUCUAAUAAGGCCGACCAAGUCUCCGGCUUCAGAAAGAACGUGGCCAACCCUUAUGAAACAUUUGUUAACGGCAUGCGUGAGUCAUAUCCCGAGCUCCUUGAGGAGGCACUCGAGGAGCUGCAACGGAAGGCAGAUGGCAAAAAGCGCAAGUGGGAGGAGCUUGUUCAUGGGAAGGUGGAAGGUGAGCCUGAAAGCGAAAGUGCUGAAGGAGGCUUCAGCUUUGGUUUCGGCGACGACAGCGAUGCCGAAGUUCCAUGA